AUGGGAGCCAAGGAAAAAAAGAAAUACAUCAAAAUUAUAGUUGAACUGGCUCGAAAUCCGGAAGGGGAUCCGGUACUUGCCCAUUAUCGCAUAACAGAAAACGUCAAAAUGAAACGAGUGAAAGACGAUUUUGCUGAAAAGAUGAACGAAAGUGUCCGCCUCUAUCGAUUUCUAUAUUAUGGAGAACGCGUGGCAGAUGAAGACACUGCAAAAACACUCGAAAUAGAAGAACUGGGAUUGGAUCGAGGUGUUCGAAACACAAGAAAGUGGAUAAGGCCAGUUGAAACAUCUCAAAUUCCAAUAGCAGUGCCUGCCCUUAAUGACGUUCACGUGAAUCAUAUUGCAGACGUUGACAAUGAUGUUGAGAUGGUUGAAAUUGUUGAAGACCCAGACGAGAUUGAUGAUGAUGAUUUCCGCCCAAAUCCACUUCAUGGUGAUGGAGUGAGUGAAAUUAACGAUAAUGACGGAAAAAAUUGUAUCGUCAAAACCAACGAGGAACGCUUAGGAAUGCGGAACGUAGAUAUUUCAAAAGAUGGAAAAGUUGCAGUGAUGGCUGGGGACGGAUUCUUAUGUUGCUACCACGAAUAG